AUGCACCACCUCACCUCCCGCGGCGACCUCUCAAUCGCAGAACUUAUCUUCUUCUCCCCCUCCCUCCUCGCCGCCCUCUUCAUCUGCACCAAACAAGGCUUCCCACCCUCCUCCGGGUGGCUCUACCUCGUCCUCCUCUCCAUCCUCCGCCUCAUCGGCGCCUCCGUAACCCUCUACAUGGAAUCCAACAACGACUACUCCCCCAGCCUGGUAGAAACGGUCGCCAUCACAUCUUCCAUAGGAAGAGCUCCCUUGCUAUUGGUCCUGCUAGGACUGCUGGAACGGAUCUACGCCGCCGUGGCAGGAGGGGCCUUCAACAAGAGUGUGUUCCGGCCGAUACAUCUUGUCGGUCUCGUGGCGUUGAUUUCGGCGAUUGUUGGCGGGUCCAUGGAGUCUCGCGACAAGGGGAGUGAACAAGAUACUGGGAAGGCGUUGAGGCAGGCUGGGAGCGUGCUGUUUCUGGUUAUUUACUUCGCUCUGGCGGGACUGACGGGUUUGACGGCGUUACGCAGGGCUUACAUCGCGAGCACCGAUCGCAAGCUCAUCAUUGCCGGCUGCGCUGUGUUGCCAUUCCUACUCGUCAGAAUGAUCUACACUGUGGUUGUCAGCUUUGCUCACCCUGGAUCGCACUUUUAUUAUCUGGCACCCAGCGCCCGGGUGACGGCGUUUAUGAUGUUUUUGAUGGAAGCUAUCUGCAUUGUCUUGUACAGCUGGGCUGGUCUGAUCACACCUAAGGCGGUAACGCCUCCUUCGCAAACGGGCAGAAAGGAUCUUGAAAGCAAUGGUGUGGACCUCAGCCGGCAUUCACAGGGAAGAGUCAGGCCAUGA